UUUUAGUUUUGUGCUGGGAAGUGAUGCGAGUAGAGCCAUGUUGAUGCCAAAUAGUGUCGCCGACCUCGGCUCGAGUGAAGCCCUCGUGAGCACCCUCGCUGGACUCGGCACUGGACAGUCCGGCCACAAAGACACGACAUGGACGAAGCUAUUUGUAGGCGGUCUCCCGUAUCACACGACAGACAAGUCACUUAGAGAACAUUUUUCUGUCUUCGGUGACAUCGAAGAAGCCGUCGUCAUUACUGAUAGGCAAACUGGAAAAAGCCGGGGCUACGGAUUCGUAAUAAUGGGCGAUCGGCCUGCAGCAGAGAGGGCGUGUAAAGACCCAAACCCGAUUAUCGACGGUAGGAAAGCAAACGUGAACCUUGCUAUCCUCGGUGCAAAACCUCGGGGUAACUUACAACCAGGUCUGACGUUUCCAGGAUUGAGGGCGGGAUACCCUACCGUUUUACCAGCGCAAUAUGGGUUGAUUCCUGGAGCAAGGGAAAGUCAUAAAAGAAUGCCUCCGAGCUAUCAAUUGUACCAGAGUCCGUACCUGACAGCGGCAAGCGGGGCGCCGUCCGGUCUCGUCACGCUUCCUCCAGCACCGCUGAGCCACGCGGCAGCAGUCGCUGCGGCAGCAUCGCAGUUCUACGAAUACCAAAACGCAGCAGCGGUCGCAGCAGCAGCAGCGGCCAGUUCAUAUCCUACCGCAACUCAGUACGCAAACGGUUUCGAUCCAUACACAACCGCUGGUGCAGCAAAUUAUGUGACACCUUAUACAUAUGCGACACUCCCUCAGGCAGCUACAGCUACAAUCCCGACAGCGGCAACUGCUGGGACGUUUACUGGAUUAUCGCCGUACACAGCUGCAGCCGCACAAGCCGCUACACUUCAAGAAGCAAGACUUCAGUGACCUAGUGUAAUAACUCUUAGGUAAUUAAGUAGGCAUGUUUAUUUUUAUUUUAUUUUUUCGCAGUGCUGUUUAACACCCAAAGAUAAAAGCAAAAAAAGGAGCCAAGGCCGUGUAAAAUGUAAGCUGUGCAAUCUUAUUAAAUAUCCUUCUCGAGUGUUUGAGUUAUCAAAGCCUCAUACCUUGAUAACGGAUAUUUGAAAUUCAAAUUAGGUGGUGAGGAGGAUUAAAUGAUUUUAAAAAAAAGACGCGGUUGUUAUAUUUAUUUACUUAAAUAAUUUUAUAUUUUGGAGGAAAAAAUUCAAAUCGUAAUUGCAUAAAAUGCGAUCAUCAACUGGCGAAAUGUAUAACUAGAAUAAGUUUAUUUAAAAUAAUUAUUUUAAUCUAGUUACCAAACUGACAUCGGCUUGGGAACCAAUGGAAACUAGAUAUCUUUAUUUUUACUUAUACCUAUAUUAUUAUUUUUUGUAAUUUGACUUCAUUGUCAAAAUACUUUAGAUUUUUUUAAAAUAGACAAUUAAAUCCAUUAAAAUUUAUGCUCACAGAAGAGCUUUUUAUUAAUGCAAUAGUUAUGUUUUUAAAUUGACUAGACCCAAGUUGUUUGCUUGUUAUUUCAAGGAAUUGCACUUACAGUAUAUCUUUUAAUCAAAUUUUUUUUAAAAAUUCUUAUCUAUUGUUGCAAUAAAUGGAUUUUAGUUUUUGUUGACCACAUUGAAAUCACUCAAGAAUAACAUCCAAAAUGGGUAAAAUUAUGCAUUUAAAAGAAACAAACUGUUGACAAAGAAUUUUAUUUUUGCUCAAACGUGCGGAAGUUUGUUGUUUAAAAAAAUUGUUAUAUUGUAAUAAUUCAUGUUUAGUCAUUUUUUUCUCUUUAUUUUCAUUAUUUUAACUGGAAUUUUUAAAUAAAAAUACAACUCAUUUAUAUUGUAUUGAACCAUUUUUAUAUAAUAUAUAUUUAACUGGUGAAAGAGAAUAGGUUAUAACUAUCUUCCUUGCUAUUUUUGUUACCCUUAUUGUUUAAAAACAAAAGUCCUAAUGUCUUGUAGAGGUAAAUGGAAUAAUAAGAUCGCUUAUCUUUGUAAGUUGAGAAAUAGAAUUUCCUAUUUGGUAUCUAGUCUUUAAAUUAUUAUUUGUGUUGAAGGACAAUAAAAAGUAAUAAUUUCUCAAUGUAAAUAUUAAUUACUUUAAUUAUCAAUUAUUAUUCAAACCAUUAUACAUGUAAUUUUAUAUGUAAGUGACUAUUUAAGAUUUUUAGAAAUAAAAAACUAAUUAUUAUUGAAAAUUCUUGCACCAAAUCAUAUUAAAAAUAAAUUGUGGCCAAGAUGCUCUGGGUAUAAUGAUGUAAAUUCUAAACUACUAUUUUCACAGAUUCUGAGUUUCAAUUAAAGAAUCUCCAAAGUAAAAAUCUAGUCCGUUUAUAAUUUAAAAUGUUAUUGUAUAAAGGCUUUUGUUGUUUCUUAUGAUUACUAUAUUAUAAUAUUUUUAAUCGACUAACAAUUGUACAUGGUUAUUUGUGUAGAUACAUUCUAACAAUUGACUUAUUCCUUGACUAAAUUAUUCAUUAACCAUCUUUCAAAUUCAUGAUGUAGAGGUAGUUUGUCAAAGAAAAAGGCUUCCAAAUGCUAUUUUGAUUCUAAUUUGCAUGAAAUAUUUUAUAUUGCAAUAGUAAAAUUUAUAUAAAUGUGAAAAGUUUCAUCUAGAAAAUGAAUUUAAUCAUGAUUAUACUAACAAAAAAAAUUGGCCACUACUAAUAACUAGGCACAAUAAAAAUAUAUUUUUUUUAAUAUAUAAAAAACGUCACAUUACAAUACAUCACGUUCUGUUAUAUAGCACAUUUAUGAAGUAUUGUAAUGUAUAAGAACUGGGCGAAGGCAGUAUUCUUGUAUAAGAAAAAAUAAACUUAUAAAGUAUGUUUAUAUUUAUCUUUUAAAAAUUGUUAAUCUCUUAAGAUUCGUGAUGGUACUUAAAAAAAAUAAAAUAAAAAAAGUGAACGGUAAUAACACAAUGAAGAAAAAUGGAAUCCAAUGGGAAAAAAAUAUUGUACUUAUUUGUUAUUCUUAUUAAUUAAAGAAAGAAAAGUAAAUUAUUUUGUGUAAAAUCUCUUUUAGUUUAGUAGCUAAUUAAUGUGGAUCGAUUUUAUAUUAUUUCAAACAAAUUUUUAAAACUUAUUUUAAAAAUAUUUAUUUGAUGUGUCAAUGUAAUUGUAUUAUAUUGUUCAGUAGGUUGUGAAACUGGUUUAGUCCUAUAGAAAUUACAUAAAUAAUAAAAUUACACUUAUAUAUUACACAUUUAUACAUUAAAAAAAGAUUUUGUAAUAAAUGAAGAAACGAAGGACAUAUCACAAAAAAGGUUAAAAAUUAUUUGUAAUAAACUUUAAAUAUUCACAAUGCUUUUUUAAAAAUGAUAUAUAUAUUAUAUUAGGCCUAGGAUAACUCCAGGAAUGUGUCUUCUUCGAGUAUUUGUGCCUUGCACAAAACAUGUAUUCUAACAUAUCCGUCCUAAAUGACAGUCUAUCCUGUAAUUUUUUACUACCCGUGCCUUCCGAAUAACAAAGAGAGAGAGGUAGAAAAA